AUGCGGGCUGAGACUCCGGAGCCCAGUCGAGUGCAAGGCAGACGGAAUAACAUUGCCAAUGUGCAACUCCUCGACGAUGAGGGAGGCAUCUCAGACCAGCUAGAAGUAUGCCUGAAGCACAUCUUUGCCAAGUACUGUGUGCCUCCCCCUCCGGUAUCCGUUGCUUCAGCGAAACAUAUACUUCUGGUACCACCAGAAGGCGCGUAUCUAUCGCAAGACGGACUUGAUCAAUGGGCAAAAGACACCAAUGGCCACCCGUUCUCUCAAGAAACUAAGGAGGAAUUGGUCGAGUUUUUGGAUGUGACGGAAAGCGGCGAAUUGACCUUUAAAGGCUUUCUACAGAUCUAUCAGUUACAGACAGAGAACGACGAAGAGGAAACUUGGCGCGAUCUGUCCAACCACGGUUUUGACCGCACCCUGAAGCUGGUUGCCACCCGAACAGAAGACAUUACGCCCACCGAACCACAACCAUAA